AUGGCUUUUUGUAAUCCAGUAAAAUGUAUUCAACCUGAUCAUUCAUCUAUCGUAACUCAUCCAAAACGUUCAAAUACUUCAAUGAAAACACUUUUUCGUCGUCAACUAUUUAAGAAAUCUUCAUCUCUUGUACAAUCUCAAACAUCUAUUCAUAAUUCAGUUCAAAAUCAUUUGCACUCUAGUGCUCGAUUUCAACGUAUCAAAGGGUCUAAUAUUGUCCGAGAAGUUAAUCCAAGUUCAGAAUAUAGUCUUAAAAAAGAUUCAACAAAUAAUUAUGAUAUGACUAUAUUUCAUGAUGAUGAACUUGAUGAUACGUACGCAGCUAUAUCUCGUCGACGAUCAAAAAAAAUUCCACGCUGGGCUAGAAAAAGUCAACUUCAAUUAGCAUUUAUCAAUCAAAUUUAUUUUAAUGAUAAAAAUCCUGAAGAUAUUUUUGGUUCAAUUCAAAUUGAUGCAGCACAUGAAAUGGUUCGUUCGAUUGAAUUAAGUAAUACAGAAUUUCCUUCAAACUACUCUUUUUCAAUGCUUCCACCGAAUUUUGUUUAA